CUCCUUUUUGUUGAAUCAACAUUUAAAAAAAUUGUGUUUGCGAGCAAUUCUCAUCAACAUUUUGCCAGUGCACUAGCAAAGUUGAACGCGAUCGAUUAACAACUUAAAAACAGCGGAGACGGGAGAAAAUUUUUGUCAUCGCGUUGCAUUUCUUGAAAUGUAAUAAAGAAAAAAUUAAAUCAUCAAACAUUACAUUGAAGUUUAUAAGAAAAGUUUUAUAAAUCGUAUUAAAAUAGUUCAUUAACAUUUUUGGUUUUCCUUUUAUUUGAUCGAAUUGGCGUGAAUUCGAAUUAAUUAACAUUAUAAAAAUUAAUUGUGCUUGGGAUAAAAUUAGCAGGAGCGAAAAUAAAAGUAUAAUUUCGUCCGAUGGAUUAUUUUUGACAAAGAAUCGUCAAAUCAGAAAAAUUAUACUGAUGUUAACGUUGUUUUAAAUGCAGACAUAAAGAAAAAGCUCCAUUUACUAUCUAUAACAAUUACUAAGUUAAGUGUUAGUUGAAUAAUUGAUAAAGCAAGAGAAAAAAGUUCUUUUCUGGAACAAACCAGAUUACAGAAGAAGGAAGGAAAAAAAAUCAUAAAAAUAUAUUUUUAUACGAUGCAUUUUUGAUUAAUAAGUGUUGAUUCAUAAAAAAAUAUAAUAGAAAGUUCUAAAGAAUCUAAAAGCACAGCGAUAUAAAACAAAGAGGGAAGACAUAAAGAAAUCAAAUUAACAACAUAAAACGCUUAUACAAGUUCGGUUGUAAGAAUGAAAUAAAUAUAAAAUGAGACCAAAGAAGUGCAUUCUGAAAGUCGUUACAAUUGACCAAUAAUUAAUAUCAAUGAGUGAAAUUUAAAACGAGAAAAAUAGAUUGUUAUGUAACACUAGCUUGACAAUAAUUUAAGCGUUGUGACAUUAACUAAAGUGUUAAAUAAAAAAAAAGAAAAACUUUGUCAACUUUUUUCAUCCAAGUUUACUUCCAUUGACAUUUGGAUUUUCAUUUUCCACCUUAACAUUUCUCAUCCCAGUGAGAUCAUCUUCAACGAAGAGGGAGGAGAAAGAAAUCAUUUUCACAUCAAUUUUACGCUUCAAAUAGUUGUAAUAUAAUUUAUAGCUUAAAUUCUAUUAGGAAAAAAAUAUCAAUUUAAGAAACCAAAAAAAAUGGCAGAAGGAAAUGGAGAAAUCGUUGAUGAAACGACAAAAAAGUCGGAGGAUCGUGGCGACGGUGAAAAGACAGAAGACUACCCAAAAUUGCUAGAAUACGGAUUAGAUAAGAAAGUUGCUGCCAAAUUAGAUGAUAUUUACAAAACGGGCAAGCUCGCCCACACCGAACUCGAUGAGCGCGCCCUCGAUGCGCUGAAAGAAUUUCCCGUUGAUGGUGCCUUGAACGUGUUGAGUCAGUUUCUUGAAUCGAAUCUAGAGCAUGUAUCUAAUAAAUCGGCUUAUUUGUGUGGCGUCAUGAAGACGUACAGACAAAAGAGUCGAGCCAGUCAACAAGGAAUCCCAACACCUGCAGUUCCAGUCACAGUGAAAGGUCCCGAUGAAGAGAAAAUUAAAGCAAUUCUCGAACGUACAGGAUACACAUUGGAUGUCACGACAGGACAACGAAAAUAUGGCGGACCGCCACCAAAUUGGGAAUUAGCACCACCAGGAAACGGCUGCGAAGUGUUCUGCGGAAAGAUUCCCAAAGAUAUGUAUGAAGAUGAACUGAUUCCAUUGUUUGAGAAAUGCGGCACAAUUUGGGACUUGCGUCUGAUGAUGGACCCGAUGACCGGCACAAAUCGAGGUUAUGCAUUUAUCACAUUCACAAGUCGGGAUGCAGCAUACAAUGCAGUCAGAGAGCUUAAUGAUUAUGAAAUUCGGAAAGGCAAAAAGAUUGGUGUAACGAUAUCAUUUAACAAUCACCGGCUAUUUGUCGGCAAUAUACCUAAAAAUAGAGAUCGCGACGAAAUUUUAGAGGAAUUUGCUAAAUAUGCACCCGGUUUGAUGGAAGUCAUCAUCUAUAGUUCGCCUGAUGAUAAGAAGAAAAAUCGCGGCUUUUGCUUCCUGGAAUACGAGUCACACAAAGCAGCUUCUUUAGCUAAACGAAGACUGGGAACUGGUCGAAUUAAAGUCUGGAGUUGUGAUAUAAUCGUGGACUGGGCUGAUCCCCAAGAAGAGCCUGAUGAAGGAACGAUGAGUAAAGUGAAAGUUCUUUAUGUUCGCAAUCUCACACAAGAAAUCAGCGAAGAGAAGCUCAAGGAACAAUUUGAGAAUUAUGGCAAAGUGGAACGAGUUAAGAAAAUUAAAGACUACGCCUUUGUUCACUUCGAAGAUCGUGACAACGCUGUGCUGGCAAUGAGAGAUUUGGAUGGAAAGGAUGUUGGCGGAUCGAAUAUUGAAGUGUCGUUAGCAAAACCACCGUCAGAUAAGAAGAAAAAGGAAGAAGUUUUACGAGCACGUGAGCGACGUAUGAUGCAAAUGAUGCAAGGCCGAUCGGGAAUUGUUGGAAUGUCACCAACAAGCAUGAUGCCACCACCGCUACCGCCUGUUGGAAUGAGUCGAGCUGGAACGAGUACACAACCAAGAAUACCACUUGGACGUGGUCCUAUGGCUCGUGGAGAUUACGAUUAUGAUUAUGAUUUCUAUGGUUUUUCUGACUAUCGCGGAGGCUAUAAUGAGUCGUAUUAUGAUGAAUAUUAUCGCUCAUUCGAUGGAGAUCAAUAUCCGUCGUAUCAAACCUACGAUUAUGCACGUGGCUCAAACGCCGGAGGGCAGCGACCUGGACGUCAAAAUUCGGGGGUUGGUCAUGGGCGUGGAAUCAUGGUGGGGCAUGGCCAAGUCGCUGGUCACCGUGGCAACAACCGCAAAGUGGACCUCCAUCAACGGGUCGGGGCUCAAGUAGCAACAACAGGGGGGCAGGUCCAUCGUGGGCAAAUACAUCGUCCCAACGAUCGUGGCAUCCGCGCCAGGCCGCUAGCAAAUACAACAGCAGCAGCAAUCGGUAAACGUAAAUUUGAAGGGUUGGGACAACAAGGGGAUCCGAAGCGACGUUUUGGGAUAGGAAAUGGUGGCAGUUGGGGCAGUCAACCGUUACCACAACAGCCUUUGAAUGGUGCUGAACAAUGGUACACCGAUACUUAUCCAACGUGGAGUUAAAUCAACAAACAAAAAAUUUAAAAAAUAUAUAUAAUUACAAAAUGAAAAUCGAAAAUCAACAACUGACAUUUAUCAAGAUUGACAAAAAGAAAAACAUCAAGUAAACAUUUAAUUUUUCUUUCGAUAUCAAGUUGUGCAUCUCUAAAUUAACAGUUAGUUCAAGCGAUUAUUGCAAUAAUAAAAGCUUGUGAUUGAGAAAAAACAAAAAUUUGAUGAAAAAAAAUCUUAAAAAUUGUAAUGAAGCAUUAAUUGAUGAACUGGCCUUGUCGUUAACUAAUUGAUGAUGAGCAAGAAAACAUAUUAGGAAUUUAAAAAUGAUAAUGAUAAUGAAAAAAAUGGCUUAUAAAGAAUUCUUUCGACUGAUUUUUCUAUUAAUGGAAACAUGAAAUUAUUGAUCAUAAUUGUAUCGAUUAAGAAGUAGUUGAGCGUAUAAAAAAAUCCCAAUAAAUUAAUCAUUUCGAUUUUAUUGUAUAAAUUAAUUAAUUGUCUUAUGUACUCAAUUUAAUGAGAGAUGAAAAAGAAAAAUAGAAAUUUGAUAGACAACGCUCAAAAACAUUAAUCCACUUAUAACUAAAUCAGAAGCAUACAUAAAAAAUGAAAUAGAAAUCAAAUCUAAACUCAAUGCCAUAAAGAAAAUAAAGAAAUUCACUUCCAUUAUGUUGAUUUAAACUUCACUUACGCAAUUUAGCGCCCGGGCAAGAUUAAAGGUCGAUUUUCAAUAAUUAGCAGACAACUAACAAUCACAUAAUUCAGAUAAAUACUUUGAUCACUUUCAAAAAGAAUAAAAUAAAUUUGAUGAUACCACAAUAGAUUCAGAAUUUCACAUAAAAUUGUGUACAGAAAUGAACCCCCUCCCCCCAAAAAAAUCAUUAAAAUUGAGCAUAAAAAGUAUUAAGAAGAAACAAUUUUAGGAACUUAAUGAAUUCAUUUUUCUUUCGUUUAAAGAAAAAUUAAAACAAAAAAAUAUUGUGAUUUUAUAAACAUUAGGAAUGGGAGAAUGUGAAAGUUAAAAUGAUUUAAUCAAUUUGACAUUACACAAGUGAUUCUCGAUGGUAACAAAUGCAUAAAAAAAGAUGUUCAUUUCGUAUUAUUGGUAACAUUAAAUAUCUGAUAAGAGAAAAAAAUUAGAAUAUCGUGUAAAUUGUCCGCGCGGUUCCUUAGUAAUUGAAACACAUGAUGAUGACAAUAUCGAUCGUUAUGAACGAAAGAUCGAUUAAGAAUUUAAAAAUUGUAUUUGUGGGUGUUUUUCUUUUCACAUAAAGAAAAAUGAAAAGCUUGAAGAUGAAGUAAUAUAUAACUUAGAAGCUCAUUAGGAACAUUAGGAUAACUAAUUAAACGAUUUUAAUUUUUUGUCACUUUCUCCUUCUCGUCCGACCUGUUUGAAAAAUAAUUUUCAAGGAACUAAAUAAGAACAUGUUACAAUGUUAAAAAACGAAAUGUCUGUGAAAAUUGAUAAGAAAAUAAUUGAAAAUGAAUUGUCACCAUUUCAUAACUAUCUAAGAACGUUAAAAUCCUAUCACGAUGACAAGAACGUCGCUUCCCUAAAUCUUAACAAAACAAUGUGAGAAAAAUUAUUAUAAUUCUUUUUUUUGUCAAAUGUAGCUCUUGAAAGUUUAGAAACAAAAUUGAUUAUGUAAUUAGAUGCUUUUUCUUUAUUAGUUAAUUAUAAUUGAUGAUGUAAAACAAUUUCUUUGAAAAUACUUUCAGUUAAUAAUUUUUUUAGUUUUUUGUCAUAUUAAAUUUUCAUUUUCUUUUCUUGUUUAAUCUUUUAUUAUUAUUUUUAUAAUCCAAAAAGAGAAAAUUCAAUUUUUGGAACCGCCAUAUACGAAUUGGUCUGAUCGACGAUUUCAUGAAUUUUAUUUAUGUCAAAUUUUCUUUACUUUUAAUUUCAUGUCAAACUGGAAGUUGAUUUGUCGUGACGUGGAAUCUUCUAAGACUAGAAGGUGAACUUUGACGCUUUUUUUACGACAACUCAACUUCCCACAACGCGCAUACAUUUAUCAUAAAAUCAUACGCAAACAUUAAGACACAUCAAAUCUUUCAUUAGUUUUUGCCUUUCCUUAAGUUUAUAUUUGAAUUUCAAUUUAAACAAGAAAAAAGUUCAUUAUAUAAAAAUUGGUAACAAAACAAAAAAAAAUUAAAAGUAAUGAAUAAAAGUUAUGUUCUAGUGAUAAAAAACUUUUUUAUUAUGUUUAAAGAAUUUUUUUGUUUUGGAAAUAUUUUGAAAAUCAUCAAGAAUUCUCUUUCUUGUGUUUAAUGUUACUUAUUUUAUAUUUUUCAUAUCUACCUUUCACUUGUUUAAUAACUUUGUUUUGAGUUUAUUUUGAACAUCAUUUUAAUUACAAAUAAAAUAAAACAAAAAUCCUGAAAAUGAGAAUCAAAAAAAGAAAAAAAAAUUAAUUUUCUCAAAAUAUAUAAAAAUUUUCAUCAAUUUAGAAUUUUUUAGAAUGAAGAAGAGAAAAAGAAUCAAUAAAGAUUAUAAUUGAAUGCAAAACAUGAAAUCAAAAGAAUUAUAAAACCAAAAACAGAUUUUGAUUCACUUUUCUUGUAAUCUUUAAACUUUCUGGCCGUGAUUUAUUUAAAACUGGUUCUUUUAAAUCCUUUUUACCUUUAUUUUAUUUUAAUUUUUGCUAAAUAGUUUUAAUCCUGGUUUUAAUAUUUUUUUUCUAUUAAUGAUUUGUGAUGAAAAACUUUCUCCUGCUUGAUGUAAAUUACAUUUCAUAAUUAAUAAUAACGUUAUGUGAAACUUAACUAACAUCAGAAAAAUUAUCAAGUUAUGCAUUUUUCAGAUCAACAGCCGAUAAAAUCCCAUUCUUGCUUUAUUUUUUAUUUAUAGUUGAUUGAUUACAAAGCAAUGCAAAUUAAAAUGCAGUUAACUGUUGAAAGUGUUUUCCACAAAAGAAAAUUUUACAAGUGGAAACUCAUCGUGAUAGAAAACUGAUGAAAAUGAAACGUAAGAAAAGUAAAUGUCAUUUUGAGAUGUACCAAGAAGUCCGAGAUUGAUUAUUGAAUAAUUGAACCCAACUCCGAGUCGAUAAAAGGAAAAGUACUUGGGAUAAUAAGACUGAAAACAAUAAUAAGAAAAAUAUUAAGUAAUUAAGAGAAAAAAAACAUCGUUUCAAAAAUUGUUUAAUAUACAUUCAUAAAAAAGAGAAUAGAAUUCAUGAAUAAUUAUCGUGAACCUUGUGAAGUGAAAAAUAAAAAAGUGAAUGAAAAUACGUAAACUGAUAACAAAUAACAUUUUGAGUCCUCGCGAAGCGCCAUUGCGACUCACAUGAGUGUUUUAAUUUAAGUAUUUGAAAGCCUAAGAUAAAGAAAGGAUAUCGGAAAAUCAAACAAAUACAAAGUGAAAGAGAAAGAGAGUUAAGUAAUGAAAAUGAGAAAAAGAAAAAAAUAAAGUUGAUGAUGAACGUUGUGCAAAUAUUUAUUAAACAAAAAAGGAAGAAAAGAAAUGGAAAUGAAAAAGGAAACAAAUUGAUGAUGUAACUAAUUGACUUUUGAAACUAAUUCUUUUAUAUUAGUUUUUAUUAUUAUCUCCCCCAACCCAUUCUUUCCUUUAUUCAUUUAUAAGUCGCGUUAUUUUAUAAAUAUAAACUAAUUUAAUUAAUUAUUUAGUGAAGAGAAAUCAAUAACUUUUAUAUACAAACAAAUCAUUUCUUAUUCAUAUUACGAUAUUUCAAAAAGUUUGAAAGAAAAAUAUUUUAACUUCUUAUAUUCAUUUACAUAUAGUUUUUAAUUCAAAGAAAAAUGUUGCAUCUCAAUAAACCGAUUAAAUUAACAAUUCAUUUCAACAUCCGUAUAAAUCCGAAACUAUUUAAUAAAUCAUCAGAUAAAUGUCAGUAAACGUCGUCAAAUUACAUCAUAAAUUAUAGAAUUCAUAAGAAGGAAGCUGCUGCUAUACGAGAAACGAAACGAGAAUAGUUAGUAAUUGUUUAACUAAUUCUAGUUCGCUGAAUUUCAAUGAGAUACAUAAAUAGUUAGAGUUUUCAAACCAUUUUCUUUCCAAUAGCUUAAUUGUUCUAAAACUAAGUUCAAUUUCAUUCUUAAAUUAACCUUCAUCAUCAUCAUGAACAACUGAAAUAUUUAUCGCUCAAGUUAAUAGAUAGGAAAAGCUAAGGGAAAAGCUAAAGAAGCAUAAUUAAAACAAUAAGCAACGGAAAAUAAGUCGAUGAUCAUAAGAAACAAUAAAUUGUUCUUAUUUAAGUUUUAAAAAAUUUCUAUCUUAAUCCUCGACCCAUACUGCUGGUUUCAUCUUGUUGAUUUUCUUUUUAAUUCAUUUAACAACCUAUUUAGUUUCAUUUGCUGAUGUAUUCCCAAUUUUCUUUACCACAUAAGUAGAGAAUUCGCUUUGAUACUUUUCAUGAUAAUUUGAAGCAAAUUCUAAAUUUUUUUCUGCACAUUAAAAAAAUCUCAUAUCAGGAUUUUGAAAACAUUUUUUAUUUUUUAUUUGGAUGCAGCACGAACAGAGAAAAAAAAUUAAUAGCGAAGAACAAGAAACACAGUUUUAGAUUUAAAUUUCUUAUGGAAUAUAAAUAUUGUAACUAUUGAUUAAAACAAUAAAUAAAAAUAAAAAGAAAGGCAUUUCUUUUUUUAAGUAACUAAUAAACUUCGAAGAGAGUUCACUAAUCUUUGGUUUCUUUUUUAAUUUUUAUUGGGGAAGGUUUUCCACGUUGAAAUGGUCCUUCAUCGUUCGCCAUUGAUUUACUUCUUAAAUUUCUGAAAGGCCCGUCAGAAUCUGAUCUUUCUGUGAUUCUUUUCGGAGUUUCAUAUAGAAACUCUUUCUCUGGAAAAUGAUUGAAAAUAUCCAAAGAUUCACAGACACAUUGAAUGGUUUCCAAUGAUGUGUCUUGAGAUUUUGAAUUCGAUGAUGCAUUUGUGUUCAAAGAAUUUUCAUCUUGAGAAUCUUCUAAUGUUAGAUCAAUGUUAUAAUCGACAUAAGUGAUAAAAAGUUUCUCAAAAGUUUUCUCAAUGUUAUUCAAAUCAUUUAACGAGACACCUUUCAAGAUUGAUUCUAUGUUCUUUCCAAGAACAAUGCUUUUUAAUUUCGACAAGGAUUUUCGUAUUUCCUUAUCAGUUUCCGACUUUUCACCUCUUUUUAAUCUUUUUAUCAUAAUGUUUAACUUCUUUCUAUAUUUUUUUCCUAUUUCAUCACGUUUGUCAAGAAUCGCUUGAUGGAAAUUGUUAAUUCGUUUACAGUCGUUAUUAGACAUCUACACUUUGAUCAGUUAUCCAAAGAGUUUUUUUUAAAUUAGAUCAUUUGAUCUGAUUUUCAGGCUUCUGCCUAUUUAGAU